UAAUUGUUCACCUCACAGCUCACGGCUCUGUCGGUCACAUGCUGGAUAAUGGAUGUAACUAACGAUAGCUAACGUUUUUAAUUUGUGGAUAACUCAGGCGCAAGAAGCAGGCUCUAUACGGAUAUGUAUUAGCAUAGCAUUUCAUUAGCAGUGACUUCAGGACUGUGCCAGACUGUGGAUGGAGUCAGCACCCAAGUUGUCAUCGUCUUGUGUAGUUGCAGCAAGGCGCCUCAGGGUUCAGGACUCGGGCCGUCCUGUACAGCAGCGACAGAAGGAUGGUCAAGUAUUUCUGUAACAGCACAGACAUCAGGAGUACGUGGGACCAUGUUGUCUCUGCUUUUUGGCAGAGGUACCCUAAUCCAUUCAGCACCCACGUUCUCACAGAGGACGUCGUGUACCGGGAGGUGACUGCGGACCACCGGCUCUUCUCCAGACGCCUCCUAAUGAAGACCAAUCGGCUGCCUCGCUGGGCGGAGCGGUUCUUCCCCUCCGGCAUGUCUCGCUCUGUGUACAUCAUUGAGGACUCCAUCGUGGACCCUGUCAACAGGAGCCUGACCACCUACACCUGGAACCUGAAUCACACAACUCUCAUGUCGGUUGAGGAACGUUGUGUUUUCCAAGACUCGGUGGAGCAGCCGGCCACCACCCGGCUGAGACGGGAAGCGUGGAUAUCCUCGGGAAUAUACGGCUUCUCCAGACCGAUUCAGGAGUUUGGAUUGGCCCGCUUCAAGAGCAACCAGGUGAAGGCCAUGAAAGGGCUGGAAUACGCUCUGUCCAACUUACAGGGACAGACGCCCCAGCGGCUGCUCAGGGACACAGUGAAGGACGCCUCAGCGAAGGCCAAGGAGGCGGCCAGAAGUCUGGCUUCAUCUGCUGCUGCUUCCCCACAGAAACCCCCGCAGUACGUCUGACAGGUGACGCCUACAGGUGACACGGACUCAACACACCUGUGAUCCUCUCGACUAGACUGAAGCUUUCUGGGAUCUCUCAGAUCGCUGUUUAUUCUCUCCUCUCUUCUCUACACUGAGACUUUUCUCUGUCCUCACAUUUCUGUCAGAAACAUGCUGCCUUUGUGGAAACCUCCACAUGGUGACCAGCAGCACCCUCGAAUGCUGAAACUGCGUCAGGUGUAAAUGCACAUUUUUUAUCUGCCUGUUUUAACAUAAGUCAUCUUAUUUUCAUGCAAAAUGUUAAAACUCUUCCUGAGCAGUACAGCGUACAUUCAUCAGCAGGUCAAUUUAUGUGGUUUUUAUGCUUUAGGUCCUGCCUGAAGUUCACAUUAGACCAAAUCAUAAUACUGUGACUGUGUGGUUUUAGUUUCACUUAUUCAAGGAAGGACGAGGAUCAGAAUCUUAAGAGUUUUAUGUGCACGCAGGGGAUAUUUGCACAGUGAACCUUAUUGUAUGAUGGCUCGUCACCACCAACACAGCCUGUUCUGAAGUGUUGGUGAUAAUCACAAGAUACCGAAGUGACUUAAAUCAUAAAAGUUUUCACAUUUCUGUGCUCAGAUCAGUUCGUCUUUAACGCCGUCGUUGCUGAGGCGCGUCAGCGACAUGAAGCUGAAGCACUGAUGAAGGCGAUGUUAACCUUUCAGUGAGAGCAUUCCCUUUUUAGAUGUCUGGAUUUUCCUGCUGUAAGACUUGAAUUGUACUUAAAAAAAGAAUGUAUUUUGAAGAAUUAUUUAGCAUUAAGCAUUUGUAAUAUGAGCUACUAUAAAGAUCUGUUUCAGGUUGUAGUGAGAUGUUCAAAAACAGAAUCCGCUGGACUUUUAAUCGAAGAGUUGAACAUCUGCCACUAAUUCAAAAACACUUUUUAAACAAGGCUACAAGUUAAAGUGUUUGUUGUCUUGUCAUUUCUCAUGGAGCUUCAAUAAAACUUGCUAAGU